AUGAUGUUGACCUGUGUCUGCGGCUUGCUCGUGCUGGCCUCCACUUCUCUCGUUCAUGGAGCGAUUAACUCGACCGCCCAAGCCUUGAAUACGACCGACACAAAUCUGAUUCCCAAUGGAAAUGGACCUCUUCUCUAUUACAAUGGCUCUGGGCCAGUUCCCUCGUACGACCUUGUCUCGCCGGUCCCACCACCAAUCACGCCCAUCAAUAGCAGCUCCGCCUUGGAGGACAUGUUCUUUACCGAGUUGUAUGCCAUUGCGAAUACCACAACAUUUUCCAACAACUGUUCUCAGUGCGUUGCGGGUGCCGAGUUGAUGCAUAUAGCAGCAAUCACAUUGCCAGUCGACAAUUUCGUCAAUAUCUUGAUCAGAAUAUGCGAAGCCGUCCCAACAGUGCAGAACUCCGUUUUCGCCGAUAGUUGUGCGGCAGAGUACGGUAGCGUUCAAAACACUUCCAUUCCAUACUCGUCUGGAGGAGGUGCUACAGGAGCCUACUACGCUCAGCUCUUUUCCAAAAUGAGCAUUGCAACUGGUGACAUGACAUACUACUGCUACUUCAACUGGAACGUGUGUCCAGAACCUCCGACAAUCGGCAUUGAAGAGAGCCUGUACUUCAGCCCCAAGCCAGCCAAUGCAAGCACUGCGCCAGCAUCAUCAGGUAAAUCCAUCAAUGUCCUACAUACUUCGGACUGGCAUCUGGAUCCACGCUACGAUAUUGGGAGCGAGGCAAAUUGUUCUCAAUAUCUCUGCUGCCGUCCGUAUGCCACCAACGAUGAUUUGUCGACGACCUCCGCGAAUGCCAGUGUCCCAGCCUCACGCUUCGGCUAUCUCUACUGUGACUCCCCUCCUGACCUAGCGUUGAGUUCUUUCACGAGCAUGCAUCAAUUCUUCGAUUUGAGCAAUGUCUCAUUCGCAAUCUUUACUGGUGACAUUUUGUCACACGAUAACGAUGACCAGAUAUCUCGCGAAUAUGCCGAGUAUGAAGAAACAAUCACCUAUCAAACCUUCAAGGCUCAACUGGGCGACAUUCCAGUGUAUGCUACGCUUGGAAAUCACGAUUCCAUUCCUGAAGCGUGGAAUACGCAAAAUAGUCUCAACCCGGGAGGCUCAACUGCUGCUUCGGCUAAUGCAUUUGGGUGGAACUAUGAGCUCCUUUCCUCCCUCUGGGGCAACUCUGGCUGGAUCAACAGCACUGAGCAAGACUACGCUUCCACGCACUACGGUGCAUACGCACACACCACUGCUCAAGGUCUUCGUAUCAUCUCGAUCAACACCGACUUCUGGUACGUCGACAACAUCUUCAACUAUUGGAAUGUGACAAAUCCCGACACCUCGGGCAUCUUGGCAUGGCUGGCAUCUGAGCUUGCUGCGUGCGAGGCCCGAGGCCAACGUGCGUGGAUCAUUGGGCAUGUCCCUUCGGGAUACGACGGGAGCAACGCUGUCCUCAAUCCGUCAGCACUCUUCUACAGCAUUGUCGUGCGCUUUUCCCCUGCGACGAUUGCCGGUGUCUUCUUCGGCCAUACCCACGAAGACCAAAUCCAAAUCUUCUAUGAUUUCCUUCCAAACAGCACGUAUACUAUGGACGGCAAGACGUAUCGGAAUACCACUAUGGUCGACUACUCUAAGCCGUUGACAGUUGGUUACAUCGGACCUUCCAUCACGCCUCUGACUGGAAACAAUGCUGGUUAUCAACUCUAUCAGGUCGAUGCGUCGACGUUCUCCAUCACGGGUAUUCAAACUUACUUUGCCAACGUUAGCGAGGCGAAUAGCUGGACCACACCCGAGUGGCGUUUCGAAUAUGACGCCAGGGCCACCUAUGCAGUCGCAGCCGCUCAUAACAGCUCUUCUGGGCAUUGGCCGACGAGCGCUCCUUUGAACGCGACCUUUUGGGACGGCGUCACAAAAAGCAUGUUGACCAAUCAGACUUUGGUGGAGUUGUAUAAUCUACUUGAGACCAAGAGUAGCGUAGUGACCGAGAAAUGCUCUACGGCUGCAUGUGCGAAGCAAAAGGUUUGCUACAUUCGAAGCGGAAGUGCGACCUUGGGCUUGGCUUGUGGUGAUCGCAGUGGACCUUUCUAG